CCUACGGCAUGGUGAUUCGUGCCGGAGGCUGGAAUAGCCUUGUCUUGUGUAUAUUGUUGACAUUAUGUAUGAGCUGUGCUCUUGUGGCUCCAUGUCUGGCGGAGGAAUUUCAUAUACCUCUGGCCUCUUAUGCAGACUCAGGAUUGCAAUGGAAUGACUGCGGCGAGGCCAACAACCACACUAUCCAAUGUUCCCGACUGGAUGUUCCCGUGGAUCACUUCAGCCAAUCAUCCGAAAAGGCUUUCUCGAUACCCAUCAUCAGAAUGCUAGCCAAGAAAGCUUCUGAUAUGAACUCUAUUCUUGAUGCUAUCGGGCAGCAGAAGAUGUACUACUGGGGACUUAGUUAUGGAACAACACUCGGUCAAACAUAUGCGCAAAUGUUUCCUGACCGGGUCUCCCGAAUGGUCCUUGAUGGCGUUAGUAAUCUGGCUGAAUGGUACAAUUCCUUGUUGUAUGGAAAGUCGUUAAUCGACACGGACAGAAUCUUUACCGGCUUUAUCGAAGAAUGUUUCGAAGCCAAAGAAGCUUGCCCGUUGAACUUAAUCAAGGGAGAGCAUUUCGAGUCGGCUGGUCAACUACGGUCCUAUAUCGAUGGCUUCUUACGCGAGCUAGAAGAAGAGCCAAUUCCUGUUUAUUUGAACAGCACUAAUUACGGAGCCAUUACGCGACGAAGUUUAGUGACCAACGGGAUAUUAUUCGCCCUAUACAAGCCGACGACUUGGCCCGUUCUUGCAAAGAACCUAGCCGAGCUUCUAAAUGGCAACACAACCCCCGCUUACAGCGCAUACUCCGAGUCAUGGGUUCUAAAAUUUCUUCUGGAUGACUCAACUACCUUCAUUAGUUUGAACGAUAACCGGAAAACUGGCCAAGAGGCCCCAGUUCAUGGUAUCAAGCCAAUCCACAAUCAUACGAUCUCCCGACCCGAAAUGUCAUCUUUGGUAUCAAAGUAUCAAGGAUCUGAUAUUUACUAUCGGGCCUCGUGGUCAAUUCCAACAACCCAUAACUUCCACCCUCGGUACCAUCCCGGAUUUCCCCGGACAAGGACAGCCGAGCCAAUACUAAUACUAUCGACGACUCGGGAUCCGGUGUGUCCGUUAGUAUCGGCAAAGAAAGUUCAGAAUAGCUUUGAAGGCGCUCGCCUCGUGGAGCAGAUCUCGUAUGGCCACUGUAGUCUCAGCAUGCCUUCACUCUGUACUGUGAACCAUUUGAGGCGGUAUUAUAGUGAGGGAAUACUCCCAGAACCUGGAGCAACGUGUGGCAUUGAUGUGGAGUAUUUCCCGUCCCCUCGGGGAUCGGCAGUGUCUACCUUGAGUAUCGAAGAGGAGGAAUUGCUCAGCAGUCUUCAUGAAUUGGCCACCAAAGAUGUCUUACUUGUUAGAGGCCAAUGA